CGGAGAGGGGAGAGAUAGGGGGAGCAAUGGAGGUGGCAGGAGAGAAAGGGAGGGUGUUUGUGACUGGUGCCGGAGGAUACGUGGGCUCAUGGUUGGUGAAGCUCCUCCUCUCCAAUGGUUACAAGGUCCAUGGAACAGUCAGAGAUUUAAGCGAUGAAAAGAACGCUCACUUGAGGAAAUUUGAGAAGGCCUCUGAAAACCUUCAACUCUUCAAAGCGGACGUGCUUCACUACGACACUUUAAAAGCAGCCUUUGCAGGAUGUGAAGGAGUCUUCCAUGUGGCUAGUCCUGUCCCUGCAACCAAAGUCCUUGAUCCAGAGUUAGAGUUGAUCACUCCCGCUGUUAACGGCACUCUAAAUGUACUUCAAGCAUGUUCGGAGAUGAAAAUCAAACGGGUGAUUGUGGUGUCAUCAAUUACUGCCGUUUCACUGAAUCCACAUUGGCCACAUGAUAAGCUCAUGGAUGAGAAGUGCUGGUCGUCCAAAGAAUUUUGCAAGAAGAUUGAGAACUGGUAUUGCCUUUCGAAGACGAUGGCAGAACAUGCAGCUUGGGAGUAUGCAGAGAAAAAUGGGCUCGAUCUUGUAACUGUUUGCCCGUCGGUGGUUGUAGGACCAUUGCUGCAACCUACAGCGAGCACUAGCAGCAUGUUUCUAAUCUAUGUCACAAAAGGAGGUCCAGAGCCCAUGUUGGACUACCUCUGGCAUUUUGUAGACGUUCGAGAUGUUGCCGAUGCAUUGCUUCUAGUAUACGAGAAGCCAGAAUCAUCUGGAAGAUACAUUUGUGCAGCUUCUCCAAUUACUAUUCGAGAGUUGGUUGACUUGCUGAAGGGCAUGUAUCCUAACUAUGGUUACCAGAAGAAUAUCGUUGAGGUACCACCAAAUGCCCCGCUGACCUCAGAGAAACUAAAGAAGUUGGGUUGGAAAUGCAGGCCUCUAGAAGAAACUCUCACUGAUGCUGUUGAAUCCUACGGAGAGGCGGGUCUUUUGGAUGAACUAGAAGGGCACACUCAUCAUUUUCCUCCUGUCUACAAAUUUACAUAGAUGAAUGAAACUCGGGUAGCUGCGGAAUAAGGUUUAUCGAUAAACUCGGUAACUUCUUUAAGAUGUAACCUGUCAAUAAAAUGGUACUCCCUUUCUCUGUUAUAUGAGGAGGCUGCGUUUGUAUGUUCCGGCAAAGUGGAGACAAGUGAAACAAGCGUUCAUCAUUUCACCUGGUCUCUUGGUUGCAGAUGCUCUUGUUCUUAGUUGUAAAAGAAACAAGUCUUUUGGUAAUGGAUGGCAUUCCUUUGCCUUGUUUGGGUGAAAA